AGUAGAGCUUUCCUCUGUCUCGUUAUCCAAGAUUUUCUAUACCCCAGAACAGCUUCAGCAUUAACAGAAGAUGAUUGAAAGUGGAAUUACAACCAGGAUGUCAGGAAUUCAUGAAAACCCUGUACAAAGUCACCACAUCUCCGCACAAGAAUACAGACUCCUGACUACUGACCCUUCACAGCUAAAGGACGAGCUGCCUGGUGAUCUUCAGUCCCUGUCCUGGCUUACCUCAGUGGAUGUUCCCCGACUGCAGCAGAUAGGACCUGGACGGCCUGAUUUCGCCAGUUCUGCCCAGAACAGCCUGCUGGAGCGGCAGACAGUUCAGCUGAAUAGCAUGACGGUAGCAGGAGGAGCAGGAUCUGCGAUUCAUCUACAGAGUGAAAUGCAGCACAGCCCUCUGGCCAUCAGUAGCAUGCCUCAGUUUUCCCCUGGGUUUCCGUGUGCCGCAUCAGUGUACCAGACCGCCCCACAGCAAGUGCUCACUUUCACUCAGGCAAACCAACAGUGUUCUCCCGGUGGACUUUAUGGCAACUACAACAACCAGAGUCUGUUUCCUCAACCCCGUAUUACUGCUCACAACCAGGACUUGCAGCCCAAGACUUUCCCUAAACCCAUCUACUCCUACAGCUGUCUGAUUGCCAUGGCUUUGAAGAACAGCAAAACAGGCAGCCUUCCUGUUAGUGAGAUCUACAGCUUUAUGAAAGAGCACUUCCCUUAUUUCAAGACAGCACCUGAUGGAUGGAAGAAUUCUGUACGCCACAACCUGUCCUUGAACAAGUGCUUUGAGAAGGUGGAAAACAAAAUGAGUGGUUCCUCCAGAAAGGGCUGUCUUUGGGCACUCAAUCCUGCAAAGAUCGACAAAAUGGAGGAAGAGAUGCAAAAAUGGAAGCGCAAAGAUCUCCCUGCCAUCCGUCGAAGCAUGGCCAAUCCAGAUGAAUUAGACAAACUCAUUACAGACAGACCGGAGAGCUGCAGACAAAAGUCCAUUGAUACUGGCAUGACACGCUUGCCCAGCUGCCCACCAGGGCCGACUCUCCCAAUAACAGCUCAGAUGCAGCCCCAACCAGUGGUCACUCUUUCUCUACAGUGCCUCCCUAUGCAUCAACACUUUCAACUGCAGCUCCAGAAUCAGUCUCGCUUGGCUCCGGCCUCCCCUUCUCCCGCUCAGACACCCCCUCUCCACACCAUCCCUGACCUGACAAACAGCUCCCUCCCUCAGCAUCCUGCCAAGCAGCACAGCGACUUCUACACAGUUCACACUGACGUGAAUUCAGAGGUGGACGCACUGGACCCAAGUAUUAUGGACUUCGCCUGGCAAGGAAACCUGUGGGAGGAGAUGAAGGAUGACAGCUUUAACCUGGAGGCAUUAGGUACACUCAGUAACUCCCCACUUCGGCUGUCUGACUGUGACCUGGACACUGGCAAUGUCACGCCUGUGUCCAAUGCAGGAGGACUGCCUUACCCAGACCUGCAGGUGACAGGCCUCUACUCUUCAUACUCGGCUGUGGAUGUCCUUUCUAACCAGUACAUGAACACACAAGGAGGAACAAAGCCUAUCGUUUUGCUUUAAUUGCACCCACAAGAAAUGAAGCAAGCUGAGCUUUACUUCC